GUGGGUUAUCGGCGGAGAUUUAUGUGUGUUGCUAGGAAGCUGAGGUUUUUGCUCUUUGAAGCACACAUUUUCCCUAAAUACAUUGUCUUUUCUGCCAAAAAGCACCUGUUAAACUGAAGAAUUAGAUGUUAGAGAAAGGAGGCAGUGAAAAUGGACCACAACUUCCUGUUGCAGCUCUUGUCACGAUUGAUUUGACCUCCACAUAACCCACGAGCUCUCUGAAGUUUCAACAUGUCCAUGGACCCCGCAGCAGAACUGCCUUUCUUUUAUGGCAGCAUCAGUCGCACAGAAGCUGAGCAUCAUUUAAAACUGGCCGGUAUGGCCGACGGCCUCUUUUUGUUACGACAGUGUCUGCGAAACCUGGGUGGAUACGUCCUCUCUGUUGUGUGGAACCUGGAAUUCUAUCAUUACUCUAUAGAGAAACAGCUUAAUGACACUUAUUGUAUCACAGGAGGCAUAGCACACUGUGGGCCUGCUGAGCUCUGUGAGUUUUACAGUAAGGACCCUGAUGGGCUGGUGUGUCCUCUAAAGAAACCUUGCCUACGUUCCUCAGACACGCCGAUUCGACUAAGUCUGUUUGACAGUAUGAAAAACAAUAUGCUAAGGGAGUAUGUGAAGCAGACCUGGAACCUUGAGGGUGAAGCCAUGGAGCAGGCCAUCAUCAGUCAAGCGCCUCAACUGGAAAAGCUGAUUGCGACUAUGGCCCACGAGAAGAUGUUAUGGUAUCACGGCAAAAUACCCCGACAAGAAAGUGAGAGACUGCUUUAUUGUGGUGCACAAACAGACGGAAAGUUUCUGAUUCGUGACAGGGAAGAAUCUGGUACUUUUGCACUCUCUGUAAUGUAUGGAAAAAACGUUUAUCACUAUCAAAUCAUCCAAGACAAGUCUGGAAAAUAUUCCAUACCGCAAGGACUGAAGUUUGACUCUAUUUGGCAGCUGGUAGAGUUCCUCAAGCUUAAACCUGAUGGCAUUCUAACAGUUCUGGGUGACGCAUGCGUCUGCACAGCUCCUGGAAAGCUGCCCAGCCUCCCUACAACAAGGCGCACAGGCCCUAAUAGCUACACACCAGCACCUCAAGCUGCGACUGCUAAGGCAGUCAGACCUGUGUCUGAAGAACAUGUUCUUCCAAUGGACUGCAUCGGUUUUAACCCUUAUCACAACCCCAAUGAAAUUAAGAAGCUUAAUCUCGACAGGAAUAAGCUUUUCAUUGAUGAAGUAGAGCUUGGGUCUGGCAACUUUGGCUGUGUCAAAAGGGGCGUCCUUGAGACCAAAACGGGCCAGUUAGAUGUAGCCAUCAAAGUGCUGAAGAGUGACAAUGAGAAGCUAAUGAAGGAGGAGAUGAUGAGGGAGGCAGAGAUCAUGUACCAACUGAGUAAUCCCUUCAUUGUUCGGAUGCUGGGGCUAUGCAAUGCUGAGAGUCUGAUGCUGGUCAUGGAGAUGGCUGCCUGCGGGCCUCUCCACAAGUUUCUCUCCUCCAACAAAGAUACGGUGUCGGUGGAGGAAAUUGUUAACUUGAUGCACCAAGUGUCGAUGGGAAUGAAAUAUUUGGAAGAGAAAAGCUUUGUGCACAGAGACUUGGCAGCUCGUAAUGUCCUUCUGGUCAAGCGACAGUUUGCUAAAAUAAGUGACUUUGGCCUGUCCAAGGCCCUGGGAGCAGACAGUGAGUACUACAAGGCUAGAUCUACAGGACUAUGGCCGUUGAAGUGGUAUGCUCCAGAAUGUAUUAAUUACCGCAAAUUCUCCAGCAAAAGUGACGUCUGGAGUUUUGGCAUCACCAUGUGGGAAGCCUUUUCAUAUGGCGGGAAACCUUACAAGAAAAUGAAACAAGCGGAAGUGAACAGUUUCAUUGAAAGUGAGAAACGCUUGGCAUGUCCAGCAAAGUGUCCGGAGAGAAUGUAUGCACUAAUGCAAGAAUGCUGGAUAUACAAACACGAAGACCGUCCUGACUUCAAAAAGGUGGAAGAGGCUAUGAGAUCUUACCAUUAUUCCAUAUCAAAUAAGGUUAAGCCUUUGGGUGCUGUUGCUGCUGCAGAGCCUGACAUGUAUCCAUAAAAACAAAGCACAUUUUGUCCCAUGGCUACACAAUGUAUCCAUUCAGCUGGUCAUUGAACAAGCAAAACAAAGAGCUAUUUAUGAGUCGUGCACACUGAUUGGCCCUAACACCAGCAUUGAUACAGCUAAACAGGCCUAUGUGGUGAUAAUUAAGCAUUUGGUACAUGAGUCUCUUCUACAUUUGCAUGAGAUUUUGUCUGUCUGUAUAUCUGUCUGUACAUUGAUGAGCAAACUGUUUAUACUGCUUUCCCUUCUCAGUAUACUGUACUAUUAAAUGGUCAUUGGAAUCCCUUCUUUGAAUUAACCAAAUAUGUGUUAUUUGUCUCCAUAAAAUCUAGGUUUCGUAAAUACACUGGGUGAUAAUGCCUGACGUAAAACAGGAAAAAAGGCUACAUCAAAAACAAAAGAACGAAAGAAAAUCACGUGCAACCAGUUGAAUAUUUACCCCCAAUAAAACAUUUGUUUGCCAAGAAAGGGGUAAAGUGGGUUACUUUUCUGUAAAUACAAUAAGACUGUGAAACAUACAGUACCGCCUCUUCUUUUCCAGCUUGACUAUUUCUGUUGAAAUAACCUUUGUAGCACUGAGAUUUUAAGAAGCUAGUUUUUCUCAUGGACAUGUAAUAGACAAACAUUGAUGGGUUUAUCAUUAUUUGUUUAUCAGUGAGCCACUGACAAUUCCAAAAUAAAAUCCAAGUUUCAGGAGCAUGUUUAUUGUUGGGUACAUAUUGCCUAUUUUAAAAAGUUGAAAAUGAAACUGCCCAAUGAAAAUGAAC